AUGAAGUUCUCCCUCGCCACCAUCACUGCCUUCGUCGGCGCCAUCAGCGCCGCCAACCUUCCCGACGCCUUCACUCUCGUUGCCGAGGGCGGCAAUACCCUCCUGACCGAUGGCCAGAACGCUUACAUUGGUGCCAACACCACCGAUCAUGAGAUCCUGAUCCUCCGUGGCGGCAGCCCCAACGGCCUCGUCUCGUACACUGCCAAGAACGCUGUUCCUACCGCUUUCCAGAACCUCUACAUUGUCGAAGACUCUGUCUCGCCCGUCGGUUUGACCCUCCCUCACUCCGGUGCUGUCCCGGAGGGCGGCAACGUCACUUCCUUUGGUGUCAACGACGAGGGUCUGUUCACUCAAGGCGGCAAGGAUUGGUUCGCCAUUGACGGCUACGGUGAGAACAAGGUCAAGGAAAUCUUUUGGUCUGCUGCUCACAACGCUGAGUACGGCGCCGUGAAGCUCUAUGUCAAGGAGCUCAAGAAUUACUCCGCCUAA